ACUCGCAGAACUCACAGCAACGGAAGCCUUACUCGAACAAAGACUCCGAGAGGCCAGACGCAUCACACACACUUCCUGUGGACUGUAUUUCAAUUGAGGACAGGCUGAAUCAUGUGUUCUGGAGGUUUUGCCAAAUGCCUGGGGAUCACUCUCAUCCCUCUGGCCAUCAUCUGUAUCCUCUGCAAUAUUCUGCUCUUUUUCCCUGGAGGUGAAGUGGCCGAUAAGAGUGAUGACAUCACAGAUGAAGUCUUUUACUUAGGAGGAAUUCUGGGAUCUGGUGUGCUGAUGAUUUUCCCUGCGCUGGUUUUCCUGGGCUUGAAGAACAAUGACUGCUGUGGUUGCUGUGGGAACGAAAGCUGCGGAAAACGAUUUGCAAUGUUUGGUUCCAUUCUGUUUGCUGCGGCCGGAGCUGUUGGUGCUGGUUACUCUGUUAUUGUGUCUUGUUUGGCUAUUAAUCGUGGACCCAAAUGUUUUAUUAAUGACUUUAACACCACAUACCCGUUUGAUAAUGGAAACUACCUGUCCAACCACACGCUGUGGGAAGACUGUGUGAAGCCAUCCGGUAUCAUCACAUGGCAUUUGACCCUGUUCUGUAUCCUGCUGAUCACUGGUCUGGUCCAGAUCGGUCUGUGUGCCUUCCAGGUGAUCAACGGACUGAUUGGCACUAUCUGUGGAGACUGCUGUGGAUGCUGUGGGGACUCAGAUUAAACCACACUGGAUGGACUCGGAUCAUGAGAGUGAUUCUUCAGCUAAAAUCAAACAUCAAAAUCUGUAAUAGUCAACAUUUUUCACCUCAUGACUUCUAUUUAUAAUGUUUGGAUGGUUUUUGUUUGUUUGGUUGGUUAUUCCAUGCCUGCUGUAUACAACAACAUCUGCCGGAUGGCUGAUGGCUUAUGAAGGCAAUAUAUAUUUAUAUAUAGAGUUACAGAGCAUAUAAAAUAAUGUUAUUACAUAUAUAAACUGUAUAUGAUGUAGACAGGAUAUAUAUAUAUAUAUACUGUAUAUACUGUAUGUAUGUGUGUGUGUGUGUGUGUGUGUGUGUGUGUGUGUGUGUGUAUGUAUAUAUAUAUAUAUAUAUAUAUAUAUCGGAUAUAGAGAUUUGUUCAGAAUGUUAGAGAAUGUUAUUUUCUUACUACUAUUUAGUGGGGUUUUUUUAAUAAUGGAAGGGAAUGUGCAAAUAUAUGAAUUUUGUUUUUAUAAAAGAAUAACAGAUUCAAAUAAGUUUCAUCUCAGGAAAUUGGUUGAAAUCAGUUGCUAUAGUACAGUGUUGUAAAAGAAUAUUUUACACGUAAUUCUUGAAUUAAAAAUAAAUAAAAAAAUUACUGUCCUUGUUGUUACUCGCACUGUUCAAGUCAGCAAGAAUUUUUUCAGAACUUUCUCUCAAAGAAAAACAGGAAACAGCCUGACAGUGAAGCAGCGUAAAAAAAAGACUCUAGAGAUUUUUUUGGUUACUUCAUAAACAACAGCUGCUCUACAUUAGAUGUUUUGCAUCAUUUUUAUAACUAAAUAUGUAAAGAUUGUGCAAUAACAUACGAGAGAUGAGACUGUACUCGGCCGUUUUUGAUAAGAGUCAUUAUGUAAUUUUAUAACUUAUUUCCAGGUUACAGAGAGAAGACAUUGUGUAAAGUAAAUGUUUGUCAUUCUGCCAUUACGAUUUUGAUGUGUUAUCAGGGCUUUUAUGAGGGGAAUGCUGUUUUAUGGAGGGUAUAUAUGUAACAGCUCACAUCUUCACACAGGAAUGAUUAACUUUAUGCCUCUAUGUGCCAUGUGACUGAUAUUUUAUAACUAAAAACUUCCCCCCAAUACUUUUGCCAUGCUAACUGUGGUAAAAACUAAAGAUGUCAUUUAUUUAUUUAUUUUUGCAUCAUAAUUUAUUUGAAUUAAACUGAUUGCAAAAGAAACCUUUUGACAUUAUUACUGACCUGUAGUCAGACCUGUAAAUACAAGAUUUCCUAUAAAUUACUUUUUGGUUACAAUUUACUGUACAUUUGAGUCCAUUAAUUGCUUUAAUUAAUUGCUGAAGUAACAACUAAAACAUUGUGAAAUUAAAAGCAGCUUCGCAAAAUAAAAAAUGACAUGUGUUUCAUUA